UAGCAGUAAUUGCUAUAUGUCAUUGUUAUUCUGAUGCUCUAUAUUAAUGCCCUCUAUAAAAUGAAAUUAAACAGCUGAUCAAACAGUAAACAUGAUUUUAUGUAGAAAAUAUUUUUUUUGAUAAGAGAGUUUUUUUAAUAAACGAUUUCCUUUUGUAGAAUAAUUUGUAAUAGUAGUGCUAGUUUAUGAUAAUGUGACGUACAGUCAGACUCGAAUGACACAAAGAACAAUUAUAUAUACUUUUUUUAGAUAUGUAAUUACGUAGUACAGUAAUUAUCAGAUAUAAUGAUUAUCACAAAGUCAUGCGAAUCACACAUAUCUCAACAUUGCUAUAAAUAGUCCAUUAUAUUUUUAUAGUGUAAUUUUUAAAAGAAGUGUAAUUAAGUUAAAAAAUAAUAAAAAAAGUUACCAAAUUAUAAGAAACAUGGCAAUAGUUACAGGAUGGAAGUGUUAUGUAUCAGUACAACCACCAAUAAUGAUGUUAAUAUUUGCCAUGUCAAUGUCAGGUACUAUCUUAACAGAUUUAACGGUGUAUCGUACAUGUACAGUUGUAUUAAAUAUUAAUAAAACAGAAUGUUUGAUAAUAAAUCAAAAUGGAAGUAGUAAUGAAGCUCAUAGAAUAGAUACUUUGGUACAGUCACAAGUAAGUCUAAUCUCUAUGUCUAAAUCGCUCGUUGAGAAUCUUUUACCUGCUUUUUUGUCCUUUUUUGUGGGACCAUGGAGUGACAAAUACGGAAGAAAACCUCUUUUGUUAGCAGGAUAUACUGGCUAUUCGUUAACAUUUUGUCUUCUCUCAUUGAUGACUAUUUGGGAUAUCAAUCCUUGGUAUUUUUUAAUAGCCUAUAUGCCUUCUGCAUGCUUUGGAGGAUUAUGUAUAAUUUUAUUAGCUUCAUUUUCUUACAUUUCUGAUAUUAGUCUUGAAAAAGAUAGAACAUGGCAUUUAGCUUACUUAGAGAUAUUAAUUUCAUUGGGACUUAUAGCAGGUAUUUUUACUGGUCCUUUUAUUUUUAAACUAUAUGGAUAUCCAAUUGCACUUAGUGUGGCAGCUAUGUCUAUAGUGUUCGCAAAUAUAUAUGUAUUAUUCUUCGUAUCUGAAACAAUACAAUGUACUUCACCAAUAAUGUGGAGUUCUUUGUUUGAUGUAAGUCUUGUAAAAGAUCUUAUUAGUACUUGUAUUAAGAAAAGAGAUGGUUUUGAUCGUUGUGUUGUUUGGUGCUGUAUAAUGUAUCUUAUUUUAUAUAUUGUAACAAUGGAUGGUGAUAUGUCAAUUUCAUACUUAUUUAGCAAUGCAAGAUUUGGUUGGGAUGUAAGUCAGUAUUCUAACUAUAUGGGUGCUAAUGUUGCAUUAGGUAUAAUAGGAACUUUAAUUGGAGUCAAAAUUAUUGGCUCUCUAGGAGGUUGUUCAGAAACUGUUCUAGUUAUGUUGGCUUCUAUUUCAUCUUUAAGUGGUGCUUUUAUGAAAGCUUUUGCAUGGCAAGCUUGGCAUAUGUAUUUAUCUAUAUUUAUAUCAAUGUUUGGAGGUAUUUCUGGGCCAGCAAUUCGUUCAAUUUUAUCUAAAUCAGUCCCAUCUUCUGAUGCAGGUAAAGUUUUUUCGUUAAUUACAUCGAUUGAAACAACUAUGCCAUUUGCUGCGGCUUCCUUAUAUACAACAGUUUAUUCUCAUUAUUUGCCUCCAAUAUAUCCUUCUCCUGUAUGGUUAAUAUCAUGUGUUCUUUUUAUUAUAAUGAUAAUAAUAUUAAUAUGCAUACAAAUACGCAUUACAAAAAUGGAUACAUUACAAUAUAGAAUGCUCUCACAGGAGAGUGAAUAAGAUUCAAUUUUUAAGUCAUCUUUAGUUAAAAAGUAUUUGAGAUGUAUUUUUUAUGUAUUUCUGUAUGUAAAAUACGGAGAAUUUUUUAUAUAAAAUGCAAAUUAACAAUGUUUAUAUUUUUAAGUGUUCUUAUAAG